UCCAACAUGGCAGCCGAAGUUCCACAACAACCGGUGAAAAAAACUUUAUCAAAAAAUCUCAUGGAAAUGAAGUUCAUGAAAAGGAAAGCAGAAACAGACUAUCGUCGCCAGCUCGAAGAAGAACGACAGCGUGCCAUCGAAGAAUCACAUUGGGUGCUGAAUGGACAAGAACAAGAAGAUAGAAGUUGCAUUGAAUUUGAACCAAGUUAUGUACAAUGUGAAGAACUUUACCCAAAUGGAAGGAUGUCUUUUAAAAACUUUAACCCAACAGUUGAAAAAAUGUUUAAAGAAAUGAUAGCUGAAGAAGAUUUAGCACAAUCAGAGGCAAGAGAAAGGGAAGAAACUGUCUCUGAUGAGGAGAUGGCUCAAAGAUAUGAAAACCUUGUGGGAACAGUAGCCAAGAAAUUCACAACAAAAAGGAAAAGAUCAUCAAUUGGCACGACUUGUGAACCUGACAGUCCAUGUUCAAACCAACCAUCAAAGAAAAUGAAACAUGGAUUUAUGAAACCCAGAGACUAAAAAAAAAGUUGACGAUAAAAGUAUUGUUCACUAGUUAGCCUGAUUGUUGGACAGUUUCAGUUCCCUGUUCUUCAAUCUCAGUCAGUGUUGGUCUGUUCAAUUAUCAGUUUAGGUACUAGUGUAUUAUCUAUACAAGUUUUUACAAGUAUAAUUAUUAGUUUGAAAGAAUUAUUAGCAGAACAAGAAAGUGCUAUGAGAUCUUGGGUUGGCAUUGUUUUGUUAAUUACUGAGAUUAAUGGAUAGCAGAUAACAUUCUUAUUUAUUAUAAAAUGAAAUAGUUUAAGCCUUGUUUAUAAAUAUUGUCUACAUAGUUUUCUUUUAAACUGACAAUUUUUGAUCUGACAUAUAGAUUAAUAGUGGUGAAAUAAGCAGUGACACCACACAAGAACAUUUGUGUCUGUAUAAGGCAAGAAUUUUAAUCAAUGUUUUAAUGGUUGAAUGUGGGGCAUUGAGCACUAUGGGGUUUCAUAUAUCUUAUAAAUAAAAUCUUGACAAAGUGGUAAGAGGCUUUCAAGUGAAAGUACACCAUUGAUAAACAGAUUUUAGUUGAACUCCUAAAUUUAGAGCAUGAACAAGAAAAGUCUCAAAAAGCAUUUUUUUUGUUCCAUACAUCUACUUAAAAGUCAAUUGAUUUGAAGAAAGAAAGGAAACUAGUGUGUCGUAGUAUUCAAAUAUUGGAAGUUUUUCAAGCAAAGAAAUACAUUUUUUAUAGUAUCCAUUAAAGCUGGGUGAUGGUUCGUAUGAAGAAUGAUGAGCUCCAUUUUGCUUUCAGUGAGAUUUUAAUAGCCUUCUUCUAUACCUUCUCAUAAGUACCCUAAUCUAAGAAGAAGUGAAUUUCAAUGAUUUUAAAUUAAGCAGAGUGUUAUCAGUUGGACAAAGUGCUGUCCUCAAAUGAGGUUCUCACAAACCUUAAGGGAAGACAUAAUUGAUCAUGGAGGAGACCAAGAUAAGCUAAAUAGCAAUUUGCAGCAACACUGGGUUUGAUUUGGUUUGUUUAGUCAUUGACUAUGAUUUGUCUCUGCAACAUGAUGCAUGGACCAGUUUCUGCAAUUUGCAACCAAAUGGUCAUUGCCCUAUAGCUCUCAUGUCUUUAAAUUGACACAAGUAGGUACAAGCAUUACUCAAUUUUCAUGUACUGUGAUUUUUAUUACUCUCUUCUGUACAGUCAAUGAAGAAGGAAUUUUGGCUAAAUUUGUACUUGAAAUCAUCUGACUGAGAAGAUAUGGUCAUAUUCUCUGAACUGAGUAAAAUAAUAUCAAAAUAGUACUAAAAAUGAAGAUAUUAGAUUAUUAAAUAAAUUUUCACAUAAUAACAAAAAAUGUCAAAACACUCUCUGAUCAAAUUUAAUCUCCAACCAGUGUUCUCCAGAGA